AUGUCUCAGUCAUUAUUAUCUACUCGAAUCACCCGACUCGACAUUACUAUGAGUUUUAUUGGCAAAGUUGUGUUAGUUACUGGCGCUAGCUCGGGAAUAGGAGCUGCAACGGCUGCUGCGUUUAGCUCUGAGGGUGCUCGUGUGGCUUUAAUUGGAAGAAAUGUAGCGAAACUUUCUGCCGCCGCCAAAAAAUGUGACAAAUCUUUGGUAAUACGCGCCGACGUCUCUAAAGAUGAAGAUUGUAAAAAGUUGAUUGAUCAAGUGAUUGAAGAGUUUGGACAAUUGGAUGUCCUCGUUAACAACGCUGGAAUU